UCUGUGGUCAUGACGUGACCUCCAAAAUAACCUCACUUUUUGUUUAUAAAAUAAGUAAACUCAAUUUUUAAUGAUUUUAAACGUUUCUGUUAAUGUACUUGUAAAAAUAUAUCAUGUAAAUAGAAAUACAAAAAGAAAAUAACACAAUUUUAUCAAUCGUAAACAUAAGUGACGUGUAAUAUCAAGAUAUUCGUAAUUAUAAAAACGUACAUAGGAUGGCCGACAAAGUUAAAAUAUUGUUGUGUGGAGAUGCUGAAGGAAAGUUUGAUGCAUUAUUUAAAAGGGUUGAUACAAUCAACAAGAAAUCUGGACCAUUUGACUUGCUUCUCUGUGUUGGUAAUUUUUUUGGCAUCAACAAUAAAGAGUUCGGACCUUAUAGGAUUGGUGACAAGAAAGCCCCAGUUGCAACAUAUAUAUUGGGUCCAAAUAAGCAAGACCAUAUAGAUUUAUAUCCAAACGAUGAUUUACACAAUGAGUUAAGUACAAAUGUAUAUUAUUUAGGUAAAAGAGGCAUUUUUACUGAUAGUAAAGGACUAAAAAUUGCAUAUAUUAGUGGAAUAGCAAGUUCAAAUGAAAAUGGUCCAUGGACUUAUAACGAAUCAGAUAUCUCUGAACUUUGUGAUAUUGCUUUAAAAGGGAAUCCAUCUUUUAAAGGAGUUGAUAUUUUGUUAACGUCACAAUGGCCUGCUGAUAUUGUAGAACAAAAAGAUAAAUUGGAUGUCACUCAGCAGUCAGAAUUGCUGAGUUAUUUAUGUAUGAAACUGAAACCGAGAUAUGUUAUCAGUGCUUUGGAGGGUAUAUAUUAUGAGAGAGCCCCAUUUAGAUGUCCAAAUUUAAGUGAUAAUGAUAUGGAAAUAGCGACAAGAUUUAUAGGUUUGGCAAGAGUAGGUAAUCCUAAAAAAGACAAAUGGUUGUAUGCUUUAAAUUUGACACCAAUGGAAAAGAUGAAAAUUGCCGAAUUACUUCAGAAAACAACCGACGAGACGCCUUGUCCAUUUAAUUUCUUCGAUUUAGAAGGAAAAAUAUUUAAAUCGAAAAAACGGAAAAAUCCCGGUCAUCAACAGUAUUUUUACGACAUGAAUGCCCCGAUGGACGACCAAAAGAAGAAAAGCAAACAGAAGAAAGCGAGAAUCGAAUUCGACCAGGACAAGUGUUGGUUUUGUUUGGCCAGCCCUACUUUCGACAAGCAUUUGGUUAUCAGUAUUGGAGAGUUUUGCUACCUGGCUUUAACAAAAGGUGGUAUAGUCGAAGAACAUUUUAUGAUAAGUCCACUAACGCACUUUCAGAGCAGUUUGGCUUGUACGGUGGAGAUACAAAAAGAGAUGGCGAAAUUUAAGAAGGCUUUACGCAAGUUUUAUGCGAGAAAUGAAAAUGUACCGGUGUUUUUCGAAAGAAACUACAAAACUUCUCACAUGCAACUUCAAGCGAUUCCAAUACCAAAACAGGCAGUUAGAGAAUUGCAGGAGAUUUUUAUGGGCGUCUAUUAA